GCGAGCUGGAGGCCUUGAAUCAUCGGCAUCUUCCAAGACGACAAAUCACCCUACAAUAGUCAACGACGUGCUUCGCUAAACCUCACCUACCGUCGCUGAUCUAUCGCUGGCCUAACAUUCCAAAUCAUUACGAAAAGGUCGCCAAAAUGUUGUCUAACAAAGAAAUGAACGAUAAAAUCAACGCCCGGAUGAUGGAGAAGACCCUCACCCGGGACAAGAUCAAGACUGAGAAGGAGAUCGCAGCCCUCAAGAAGCGCAUCCUCGAGCUUCUUAAAAAAGGUCGAAUCUCCGAGGCCGAGAUGGAAACCGACACCCUUGCCUCUAUGGAAUCCAUCCUAGAGGUGCAGCACAUGAACGUCCUAGAAGCAAAGCGCGCCACCGCUCAGCUCGCCACCGCCGCCGCCACCCGCAAGCGCCUCGAGAUGAAUGCGCGCAUGUCCAAAAUCAACAGCGGCGCCAACUCCAACGCUUUCAAGAUGCUCGAGGCUAUCGAGGCCGACAAGGCUCAGAAGGAGCAGGCCGCCAUGAGCCAGCGCAUCUACAUGGAGGCCAUGACCGAGGGCUCUGGCACCCAGGUUCCCCACGCCCGUCGCCAGGAGCUCUGGGCGCAGAUGCUCGACGAGGCCGGCGUCGACGUCGGCGAGCGCCUGAGCGAAGCCCAGGUCAGCACCAGGGAGCCCGAGAGGGAGAGCGCCCCCGAGGAACCAACGCCUGAGGUCGAGAGCGAUCUGAACGAGCGCCUGAGGAGUCUGCGGGCCAUGUGAGGGGGCCACAUUUACCAAGGAACAUUAUUAGAGUCGGCAUUAGUAGAGUGUGUCUAUGUUAUUGCUGUGGUAUGCCAUCCAGCUUUGGAAUGAAAACGACACAUUGCGCAUAUCUUUGUUUUUUGGGGUGUCUUAAUCUGGGGAAUAAGGGCGUUACGGUUUGGCGAGGCAAGCAAGGGCGGCGUUUUGGGCUAAUCAUUACAUCGUUUCUAUUUUUUAUUUUUUUUAUAUCUGUCAUCAUGAAUCAAGGAUUUACUUUUACAUGUACAGACUGGCGACGGCGGUGAUGUCGCGCUUGAUCAUUUCCUGCGCCGCCUGCAUCUUUUGGUAUAGCUCCGGGUCUCCAAUGAUCCUGGCCGCAUUCUUUACCUCACGGCACGUCUCAUCCAGCCGUGUGAUUGUUCUCACAAUGGUGCCCUCAAGCACCGGGGUUAAGUCCGUGAUGUUCUUGAAACUCAUUCCUCGAGCCCACUCAUACACAACCUCCAUCAACCCGAACCUCGGACGACUCGCAAAAUCGGCCGACUCGUCGCCUACCUGCAACACCUGGUGCAGCGUCUGGACGUUGUUGACCUUCUCGCUUAUCGCGACAAUGGUUUCCAGUCCUUUUUGGAGGCGCGCCGUUAGAGCUGGUUCCGAGUCGGUCCGCUCCUGGAACACAAAGCACGACAGCAAACUGGCGAUCUCGGCCGGCUCAUAGUCAGCCAGCACAUUGUCUAGGAUUAGUUCCGUGAGCACCAGCUCGUCGCCGCUGUGAAUCUCGCACGCCACCUUGCCCUUGAGCUGGAUUCGGGACGACUGGUCGAUAAAGUUGAGUUCCCGCAGCACCUGUAUGCGCUGUUCGUAGUCUGGCAGCAACUGCAAGUUUUGGUCCGACAGCGCCUGGCGCAGCUGCUGUAUGUUCUCUUUGAUCAGCCACUGGUCGUGACACAUGGCGAAGUGCUUCAGGAACUGUGGGCAGUUCAAUGACUUGGAACUUGUAGCCUUGAUCUCGGCCUCUUUACGCUUGUUGACGAGUUCUUGAAAUUGCAAGUUUCGUAGUUUGGAUAGGUCCGCUUCAGCCCACCACUCGGCAUCCCACUUGGAUGCGAUUUGCCUGAGCUGUUUGGUCGCUCCUGCAUGCGCAUCUCCUCCCUGGAAAAUCUCCGGCACGAUGCCCCUGGUUAUAUAUCCGGUAAGACACUCGACAUCCGAAAGUGGGACAUGGAGCGUCUUGUAGGAAACGCUCCGCCUGUUGGCCUGCGCAUGUAGUGGAGUGUAGUAUCGGCCCCAGCCAGGAAUGAAAGGCAGGAUGUCGCUGUUGUCGCGCGACUCGCGCAAGUUGCGGAUGCCACAGACGUGGAGUGCCAGGCUGUUCAUGCCGCUCUUGGUACUGGCCCCUUCGGAGAGCAGUACACCAGCGGUGCGCACGCCGUCCUUUGAGUAUACGACCAGUCUUCCCGGGCUGAACAUCUUGCGCCCUAUAGGAAUGGCAAUCAGCUUUGCGUACAGCUCUUGGGUAAGCUGACGGUAGUCUUGCGCAGCCUGAUGGCACUCGUCCAUGCAGCUAUCCUCGUCACAAAUCUUGCAUGCGUCGCGCUUGACCUUUGCGAGGUCGGCUUCUGACAGUUUGACCGCUUUCUCGUGCUCUGGGAGAAGCUGCUGCGUUGCGUGUUCGGAGAAACUACGCUUAAUCAUUUCCUCGAUCUUGAGGGCUUCAACGCGCAAUAGAUUGAGUAUCAUAUUGUACGUCAAACGGAACUGUGACCGCAAUUUUGAGGGCUCGCCUAGGAUCAUCUUAUUCAGCUCGGCCACUGGAGGCGCCUCAUCCCCUCCGCCAGGGGGCACUAUAAUGACCGAUCCGACAGUGUCGAGCCCUCGUCUGCCUGCUCUGCCGGCCAUCUGCGUGUACUCGCCGGGGAGAAGAUUUCGGAAAGAAUGGCCAUCGUGCUUGCGGUAUCCAGAGAACACGACGGUGCGAGUGGGAAGGUUUAGCCCCAUGGCGAACGUCUCGGUGGCGAAAAGCACCUUGACCAGUGUCUGUGCAAACAAGAUUUCAACGAUCUCCUUUACGAUGGGCAGCAGACCACCGUGAUGAACAGCAAUCCCGCGAGACAAAAGCCCCCGCAGCCGUAUUAUCUGGGGAAGUACGCGAUCCUCGGGUUUAAGGCGAGCGAUAGAUCGUUCAAUGGUCAUAUGUAUCGCGCUUUUCUCGUUGGCAGUGCAAAAGUCCUGAUUUUUAAGUGCAUCUGCGUUCUCUUCGCACCGCUUCUUGGAGAAGACGAAGAUGCAGGCAGGGAGUAGAGUGUUAUUUUUGAGGUAGUUUACCAGGUGGACCCAAAGGGUUUGGUCUUGGGCCCUGGAUGUGAACCCGCCUUGUCGUCCAGCUCUUCCCAUGUGGCCGGGGGCAUGGCUGGCUCGAGGAGGACCACUACCACCUCUGCCGCCGCCUCCGCCGCCUCUGGACCCCCCACGACCCCCUCGCUGCUGGCCCUGCGGACCUCCUCUUCCAC